GUUCUCCAGGGCUGGGAUUUGGGCUCGGCUGAUGCUCGCGGCUCCCUCCCAGCUGAGGAUUUUCCAUCCUUUGAUGAUUCCCUCGCGCUGCGGGGUGCGGGAAUCCCCCGUGUCCCACCUGUGGGGACCACUGAGGAUCCCAGGGCUUCACCUGAGCCAUCCCAAAUUUGGGCUGCGACAGGACAGGGCAGGAGGACACCGGGAGGGGACCUGGGCACGGGAGGGGACGCACGGGGUGAGUGUGUGUGUGUGGCGCUGCCGCCUGUGGAUCCUGUGCACAGUGAAUAAACUCCUCUGUAUUCCCACUGCCGCCGUUCCCACCUGGAAUUCUGCUUCCGCCUGCCGCCGCCUCUUUCCCCUCUCUCUUGGCUGUCCCUCGGUGUCCCGGUGUGUGCCGUGCGCGCCCUAAAAUCCCUCCCGGUUGCCUCCCGGUAAGUCCCGGUGGGGUUCGGAGCUUCACGGCCGAGCCGGUGACCUCGCUCCUGACCUGGCAUCGUCCCCACGGGCUGUGCCCGGCAAAGGGUGGUGGCACAUCUCCAUCCAUCCAGGGCUCCGCCAACCAAUUCUAACCCUUUCCCCCCGUCUGGGUUUUGUCCCGGCAGAGCGGCGGCGUCUCCAUCCCGGCGAUGAAGGUGGUGAACCCGGCGUCGCGGCUGAAGCAGGGCCAGCAGGGCAGCCCCGACAAGGGCAAGCACAUCAAGCAGCGCAUGGAAUACAUGCGGAUCCAGGGCCAGCAGCAGGCCACUAGACCAUCUAAAGAGGCCAGUGAGACCUCCCCCACGGUCUCAGAAAAACCCGCAGCUGGCAGAACAUCCAUCCCCGUAUUGACUUCCUUUGGGGCCAGGAACUCCUCCAUCUCAUUCUGAGCUCCCUGCCAGCUCCGCCCGGCCGCUCUCCUGCUCCCGGGGCCUUCCUCCUCUCUUCCUCGGGCUCCUCCUCCUCCUCCCUGGGACUUGGCUUCUCCUUGAGGCGCUCUCCGCAGGGGAAUCCGCCACCUGUGUCCCCUGCUCUUUCUGUUUUUCAUCCGUGCUUUUUGUCGCCUUCCGCUCCGCCAAAAAAAAAAGAACUUUUGUGUCUCGCC